GUUAAAACUAUCCAUUUUCCAAAUAUCUUGUUGCUCCCAGGAAUAAAUUUAAUUACACUGUGUUCUAAUUUGUCGAGUCACUCCCCAGUAACGUUACGUAAGACACAUUGUAUCGCAAAGAUAAAUCAUUACAUUGACUAGGUCGCGGUAAAUAAAGACUUGACAGUAAUAAUUCGUUAACAGAUAUGAUGAUUCUCUAAAAUGCUUCACAAUAUAGUGUCCAUUGUUUAGCUUUUUGAAUUCCAAGGUCGCAAACGGCAAAUUUUCAAAGACUUCAAGAAAUCAUGUGUGGAUUUCGCUUGGUGAAGAUUAUAGGUCGCUCGUGCACCAAUCUAACUGUUCGUGGAUAUCAAAAAAUGAGUUGUGAUACUAUCAAUCCUCAUGUGGUGAAGCUUCAGUAUGCUGUCCGUGGACCGAUAGUACUUAGGGCGCUAGAACUAGAGAGAGAAAUAUCCCAAGGAUCAAAAAAAAGAUUCAACAAAAUUAUCCGUUGCAAUAUUGGAGACUGCCAUGCGUCUGGUCAAAGGCCCAUCUCAUUUAUUCGUGAAGUUUUGUGUGCCGCGACAAAUACGCAUAUAAUGGAUACCAACUUAGUUCAAGACGAUGCUAAAUUAAGAGCCAGGAGAUUUUUGGACAGUUGUGGUGGAAGUGUUGGAGUCUACAGCCAGUCUACAGGCGUAGAAGUUGUCCGCGAAGAUGUUGCACAAUACAUAAAACAACGGGAUCAGUUAUCAGCUAAUCCCCAAAAUAUUUUCUUAUCCAAUGGGGCAAGUGAAGCCGUUAAGUCAAUUCUUCAAUUGAUAUCCACUGGAGAAGAUGGAUCCAAACGUUCUGGUAUUAUGGUCCCCAUACCUCAAUAUCCUCUUUAUUCAGCAACAAAUGCUGAAUAUAACGCCUAUCAGAUUGAUUACUACUUGGAUGAAUCAAAUGGAUGGGACCUAAGUAUUGAACAGUUGGAAGAAGCUUUAAAAAAAUGCAAUGAUAAAUGUAUUCCACGUGCUUUGGUAGUAAUCAAUCCUGGCAAUCCAACAGGUCAAUUACUAUCAAAAGACACAAUUACAAACGUUUUACAAUUCGCUUACAAACAUAAUUUAGUUGUGUUAGCCGAUGAAGUUUAUCAACAUAAUAUUUAUUCACCAGAUUCAGGAUUCAUCUCAUUUAAACGCGCUUUAUAUGAUAUUGGCGGAAGGAUUUCCAAUGAAUUACAGUUAGCAUCAUUUAUGUCAUGUAGUAAAGGCUAUAUGGGAGAAUGUGGUCUUCGCGGUGGAUAUUGUGAACUUGUGAAUUUUCCUGAAGAUGUUCAACAACAAUUAUAUAAAUCCCUUUCAGCUCGACUAUGUUCUUCAUUAUUGGGUCAACUAACAAUGGAUGUGGUUGUAAAUCCUCCAAAACCUCAUGAACCAUCUUACAAUUCAUUUAUGAAAGAAAAAUCAUCAGUGCUAGAAGAACUUAAACAAAAAGCUGAACUCACUACAAAAUCAUUAAAUUCACUUCAAGGUUUUUCAUGUAAUCCAAUCACUGGAGCAAUGUAUGCAUUUCCACGAAUUGAUCUACCUAGAAAAGCAAUCGAAAUAGCAAAGUCGAAAGGUAUGCAACCAGACUUUAUGUACUGUUUGGAAUUUUUGGAAGAAUAUGGCGUCUGUGUAGUACCAGGAUCUGGAUUCGGUCAAGUACCAGGAACUUGGCAUUUUAGAACUCGACUAUAUGGAGUUGGACAGCUGGAAUAAACCAAAAGUAUAUUAACGUGGUUGACGUUAUAAACAUAAUGCAAGGACAGUCUUAUCAAGUCAUUUAAUUUCAGUCUGAAUGGAACAGACGACUGAAAGAUUUACUUAAGUUCUAGGUACCGAGGUGUCCCAGUCAAUCCAACUUUUAUCUAAAUCCAUAUACAGAAGUGGACAUAAUCAAGUAUUUUGACAAGCAGUUCAACUUUUUGAUCGUUCGAUGGAAAAGGUGAUAGUCAAAAUGAUACGUAUUUAGUUCUUGCCCUGUGCAUUGUUUUAGUGCCUCCGUAAAUUUUGUGUUCUGAAAGUUAGAAAAAAGUGUUAUAUCCGAGCGAAGAUUAAAUCACGAGUAACUUCUGAGACAUAUUAAUUGACUAAUAUUAUCUAUAUAUUCUUAUGGUGUAACUAUUAAUAAUUAUAUUAUGUAUAUUUAUAUUUCCUCUUAUUAUAAGCUUCAUUUUGAUCUAUAAUUUAUUAUUGCACGAUUUACUGUUCGUAAGCUAUGUUCAAUUUAUUGACUACUGUCUCCCACGUUCACAGCCACUUUUUGGCUUUAUUAUGUACAAAUGUUAUUCCCUAUUUUAUGGUGCGUUGCGGUCUGUCUUGUUGAUAUAUAAACCCAGUAUGUCUAAAAUAAAUGAUUCGAUUCGCAUAGUGGGAACUGGUGUUGGUGUUCUGGACUCAAGUGGACGGGCUAGGCGGACAUAGAAUCAAUAAGGACGCCAGGCUGCUCAUGCCGAUCGAACGUCAUUGGUUUAGCACAGUGCUAAGAUUGUAUAAGUCGUAUUUUGAUUGGUGGAUAAAUCACGUGAUAACUAGCCGAAUAUAAAGUCAUAACAAAAAGGAUGGCAUAGCAGAUCCAAAGGUAUUGUUAAGUUACUCAAAGACUGUAACUGUUACCUCUUCUCGUUCUGCGUGAUAAGGAAAGUAGGUUUAGCUUAACUGAUUUUUCGUCAUACGGUAGAUUUGUGAUUUUGAAAUCACCACAGUUGCAGUUCAUUAAAUCGUUUUUUUCUAGAUGGGCUGGGUGCUUAUAUAUCUUUCUUUUUUAAUGUUUGCGAGUAGGGUUAUACAAAGGAAACAGUUCCAUUUCAAAUUGAAAUCCGAAUUUAACGGCAGAUUUAUCUCCUCCAAAAGUAAAAAAAAACAAUAAUCUAACACAUUCAAACUAUAUAUAUCAAUUGUUUGAUAUCAUGGUUGAAUUCACAAAACCUACAACCUAAUCACCUAGUCAUCUAUUUAUCAUUGCAAACCCAAUUUAAAAUUUGUUCGUUUUCUAAUAAGUUAUAUGGUUUUAUGGAGAAUAAAUCCUUUCGUAAUCAGUUAAUAAUAGAGUUGUUGAAAACUUACAAAGGCUUUCGAAAAUGUUCCAAGUCGAAACUCAUUUUACUUAAUAAAGUAUUGGAAAUUCGGAAAUCGUAGAAUCCACGUUCCUGUAUCCGAAAUAUAUUUGAGGUUCGUUUAUCUCAAACCACAAUGAAAUUGUUUUAUCAACAUUUCAUUUUCGCUGACUUUUUAAGGAAUCAAUAAUGUUCACCUUCUUUGAUUUUGACAUUUUUAAAAAUCAUAAUCCAUGUUACUCAGAAACAGGUUAUGAUUACCAUAGUUGAAAUACUUUUUGUUUUGUUUUACAGAAUAACAAUUCUCCCUAGUAUUGAAGAAAUGAAACUGGUCAUGGACUAUUUAAAAGAAUUUCAUACAUCUUUUCUCACAAAGUAUUCUUGAAUCGUCUAACUAUAUGACAAUCCAUAGAGUAUCUAAAAUUUUGAUAUUUUUAUGUUAUAUACAUACAACUUUCACAUUCUCAUUCAUCAAUGUAUACACAGAUAUUUUUGUUCGUAUCCAAUCAGAAUUUUUUCUUUUUUCCUCUUUUCAGUUAUCUAUCUCUGAAUCUACUACAUUCAGCUGUUGUACUAAUGUUUAAUUCUUAUCUAUUUAAAACUCCAAUUAUCAAACAAGGUUACGUAGUAAUCAAGGCAUUCUUAUCUAACUCCCUGAAUAUUAUGUAACCUUGUUUGAUAAUUAGAGUCUUGAAUCACUUUAUGAUGUAAUCUAUUCUAUCCUUUUGUUUAUUUAUUUAUCUAUCGACAAACAAUCGAUUGAUUAAUAGUUUAUGCAAAAAAAAAGAAUGAUGAUUUAAAUGGUUUAGUAAUUUCCAAUUAAUUCCUACAAUAAUGUAUGUGUCCAUCCAAACCUUGCUAAACUGAUCACAGUUAAUUAACGCUUAUUGUGUGUGUGUUUUUUUAGAAUUUUUUUCUGUUCACCUUCUUGUACUUUUUAUCAUAUGGAAAAGUAUAAAUAAUUUAUCAUAUUAAUUGAUAUUUAAUUAUUUCUGUUCUAAACUGAUAUCACAUGAAACUAUCAUUAGAAACCAAAGAAUAUAGUAAAUAAUUAUUUCCUUAUCCUUAACCUGUUUAUGGAAUAGAAUCUAUAAUUCCAACUGAUUACUUAUUUAAUAUUUCAUUGAUGAUGUUGACUUUUAAAAAAUGUUCCAUCCGUUUUUGUGAACCUACUCAACAACAACAACAACAACAAAAAACAUUUAAAAA